AUGAUGGCCUGCAACAGCUCCACCACUGAGACUUACCAGUACUUGCUGCUGAAUGGGAGCAACGUGUCAGCCUCUGGGGUCACCACACCCCCUGCCCCCCUCAGGAUAUCCUUGGCAAUAAUCAUGAUGCUAAUGAUCGUGGUGGGAUUCCUCGGCAAUUCUGUGGUCUGCAUCAUCGUGUACCAGCGGCCAGCCAUGCGAUCCGCCAUCAACCUGCUGCUGGCCACGCUGGCCUUCUCCGAUAUCAUGCUUUCCUUAUGCUGCAUGCCCUUCACGGCCGUCACCCUGAUCACGGUCCACUGGCACUUUGGGGAUUACUUCUGCCGGCUCUCAGCCACCCUUUACUGGUUUUUUGUCCUGGAGGGCGUGGCCAUCCUGCUCAUCAUCAGUGUGGACCGCUUCCUCAUCAUCGUCCAACGCCAGGACAAGCUGAACCCGCGGCGGGCCAAGAGGAUCAUCGCCGUUUCCUGGGCGCUGUCGUUCUGCGUGUCGGCGCCCUCGCUGGCGGGCCGGACGUUCAUGGAGGUGCCGGCGCGGGCCCCGCAGUGCGUACUGGGCUACACGGAGUUCCCGGCGGAACGCGCCUACGUGGUGGCGCUGGUGGUGGCUGUGUUCUUCGUGCCCUUCGGCAUCAUGCUGUGCUCCUACCUGUGCAUUCUGCACACGGUCCGCAAGAACGCCAUCCGCGUGCACAAUGAGUCCGACAGCCUGGACCUCAGACAGCUCACCAGGGCCGGCCUGCGGAGGCUGCAGCGGCAACAGCAGGUCAGCUUGGACUUGAGCUUCAAGACCAAGGCCUGCACCACCAUCCUGAUCCUCUUCGUGGGCUUCUCACUGUGCUGGCUGCCGCACUCGGUCUACAGCCUGCUGUCGGUGUUCAGCCGGGGCUUCUACUGCAGCUCCUCCUUCUACACCACCAGCUCCUGUGUCCUGUGGCUCAGCUACCUCAAGUCCGUCUUCAACCCCAUCGUCUACUGCUGGAGAAUCAAAAAAUUCCGCGAGGCCUGCAUUGAGCUGCUGCCCCAGACCGUCCAAAUCCUCCCCAAAGUGCCUGAGCGGAUCCGGAGGAGAAUCCAGCCCAGCACGGUCUACGUGUGCAAUGAAAACCAGUCCGCCGUUUAGGAGGAUGCCCGCGGGAGGAGCCCCAUGCGCUAGUUCCCGGCCGGAAGGAGCUCAUACGCCCUUCUGCUCUGUGUCCUGGCGGCGCUGGUGGUAAUCUGCAGUUUUGGUGGCCCUCCCUGUAAGCACAAAUGUACCAUCUGUUCCCGGAUGGGUUGCAGCUCCCAGGUUUGCAAGAUGUAUUAUUUUUGUUUCUCACUGAAGAAGAGCCGUUUUGGGGUUUGAUGGAAAGUGGAAGGUAGCUGAGAUAAAGUGGGAAUGGGGUAGGCAUAUGGGGGCCGAAAGUUAGCGAGAAGGCAGGGAGACUGAGUGUGGGGCUGGAGAAAGGCUCUAAAGAGCUGCUUGUGCACCUGCUUCCGAGCAACACUGUGGUGACUGCUCUGAGAUGGGAAACCCAGAAGGGAUUAUCUCAUGGAUGACCACUCCUUUCGUUUGACGCCAGCCUUCUUCAUAGGUAUUCAUGUUUGUGGAGCAUGGGAAACACACAAGGCUCUUUAUGUUGGUCAGGUGUGCCUUUCUGAUCAUGCACAAUCUUCCUUUUGAUAAACCAAAAUCGCACCAGGAAGUAGAGUGAGCCCCUGUGCUUUUCAGUUGCUCAGUGGGACACAUGGGAGGUGUCCAUGGCUUGAAGCCCAGAGAAUGAUCGGGGUAGCUCAGCUGAAAUGAGAAGCCCACCCAAGUGGUCCU